GAACUUUGGCUGGGAACUUAUCCUCUGGGUGUGUUUCGAAAAAGUCGACGUCAGCCCCAUGCAUUUUCAUUAAGGCCUCAACACCGGCCCAGAAUAUACCAACACAAAAUACGCAUUUAAGUAUGCAAGAAGAGCAGAUCAAGCAGAUGUCAGCAUGCAGGAGGACCAAUUGCAUGGGGAAGUUGUGGGGGGAGCACAUUGUCAUCAGAGUAGAGGUUGACAUUUUCUAAGUUUUCCUCUCAAUUCUCCUGUAAUAGUCCCAUUGCUCCUCCACAAACUUCCUUUCAACAACCAUGCAGUUCACAAGUCAGGCUGUCGUCUUAGCACUUCUUGCAUUGCUAAGCUCAGCUCAAAUCGUCUGCACCGCUUCUCACUUUUCUGGUCAGUCUUUUCAGCAGCUCAAGAGUGGUGCCGAUUGCUCGGUGGAAGAUUUUGGGGUGGUUGGCAAUGGGAAGUCUUACGAUACGCUACCGAUGCAAGCAGCAAUCGAUGCGUGCUUCGAGAGCGGAGGGGGGCGGCUGGUCAUUCCCUCUGGAAUGAAGAUUUUGACUGGCACUCUGUGGCUGAAGUCCAACAUCGAGCUGCAUCUUGAGGAGGAGGCUGUCAUAGUGGGGGGCACGCAGCGCGAGGACUACCACCCCUCUGAGCGAGAGCUGUGGUACGUGAUUGCCGCCAGGAAUGCAAGCAACGUGUCCAUAACGGGGCCUGGGGAGAUCAACGGCCAGGCGCACAGCUUUGUCCUGGAGUACAGGGAAGAGAAGAAUGUAAUGCUGAGCUGGAACCGGAGGAGUGACAACUGCAACGAAGAAGACCAAGAGCAGUGCCGGCCACGCCUAGUUGGCUUUAUUGACUGCGCAAAUGUGACGGUGAAGGACGUGCAUUUGACUGAGCCUGCCUUCUGGUGCCUUCAUAUUGUGCGCUGCGACACGACGACGGUCCGCAACGUCACCAUCUACGGCGACUUCAACAUCCCCAACAACGAUGCGAUCGACGUCGACGGGAGCAACAACACGGUCGUGGAGGGGUGUCACAUCAGCACGGGAGACGACGGCGUCUGUGCCAAGACGAAAGCCGGGCCGACCUUCAAUCUAUCGGCCUCGAACUGCUGGAUCCGGAGCAAGUCGAGCGCAGUGAAGAUCGGCAGCGAAGUUCGAUACGAUAUGGCGAACCUGUCCUUCGUCAACAUGACGAUCGUGGCGUCGCACCGGGGCAUCGCCAUCCAAGCAAGGGACGCAGGAAACGUCUCUGACGUCAGCUUCGUCAACGUCAGCAUCUCGACGCGCUACUACGACCCCUCCUGGUGGGGCCGCGCGGAGCCCAUUUACAUCACGAGCGUGCCGCGGCGGGAGACGACGGUGCGGGGAGCGCUGCGCAACGUGACGGUGACCAACGUGACGGCGCGGUCGGAGAAUGGGAUCGUCAUCGCGGGGUGUCCUGGACAUGAGAUUGAGCAGCUUCGGCUCGAGAACAUCUCGAUUGAGAUCGGAAAGUGGUCGCAAUACCCUGGCGGCUUGCUUGACUACCGGCCUGGCUAUAGAGGUCUAGUGCCGCAUCGAACGGUGGGGGUAUUUGCCGAGCAUGUCGCUCAGUUAGGUUUCAAAUCUGUGAGAAUAGAGUGGGGCUCACAACCCCAGCUCGACUGGGGAAUGCUGAUAGACAUGACGCCCGGGACAGUCAAGGAGGUGACUUUCGACGGCUUUUCAAGCUCUCAGCCCUCCGCUUAUGAGAAACAUCGAGAAACAAGAGGGGAUUCAGGCAUAAUUAGUUUGUUUCAAACUUCCUGAUGUGACGGCCUGUUUUUAAGAACGCUAGGUUCGUCGCUAGUCCAUGUUUAUUCUGUGGCAUUAAAAAGGUAGCAAAUUACCGGUUGUAUGUAAAAGCUAAGUUGCAAGCGCGUGGAACUUGGACCGCUUGCAAUCUGGACCGCUGGAUCUGGCAACAGUAGUGCCCGACUGGACUCUUUAGAUUAGCGGACAGCGUUUGUUCUACGUCCAAUGCAAAGGUCUGCUGCCUGUGUAAAACAUUCCUUCUACCGAGGGUUGGAUUGCGCCAUUCUGCGCGGCGGCCCGGCGGGCCGCAAAAGGCCAC